UGGCCCUUCUCAAAGUUUGACUGAACCAGCAGCAGCUCAGCAAGGGCUUGGGGUGCUUCAGUGGCUUCUUGGUCUCCAUGCUGGUUGCCUACCUGCUGAUGAAACAUAAGGUUGUCAAGAUGAUGAGUAGGUAUCAGGUGCUGAGGAGCACCCUGCAGUGCAGGAAAAUGUCUGCCUGUGGGUGCUUGGAUGGGCAGCGUGGUGCUCUCCUUAGAUCUGCCGAGCCUUUUGUGCCAACCAAGGCAUAGCUGCUGAAGUCCUCCUGCUCUCACAGUCCCCAAACCUCAUUCUCCCCUGCAAACAUCCUACUGGCUUCUCUCUGCUUGUGUUCACUAUGUCCACGUUGUCUGAGGAUAUAUCACUGUCCCACUGCACUCCUCUGGCUGCACCUUUCAGGUCCUGCAUCCUUCAGGACAUGGGCCAGAUGCUCCUGUGCCUUCAUUCCAUAGGUCCAGCUGGGAAACCCAGGAGAAGGAUCUUUCCUGUCAUGGUAUAAAAGUACUAGAUCAUGCCUACCAAGCCCUCCUUAGUGCUGCAGCUGAAUGUGCAGCUGAAACAAAGAAAUGUCACUUUGAGACAGAAAAGAUGCAUCUUGGAGGCUGGGAAAUGUCCCCCUCCCUACUUCUACUCUCCAGCUUGUGAAAUUAAAGCCUGGAGAUGAGCCCUGAGCACUUUGGCACCACUUUGCUGGUUUUUGGUAAAACCUGCUUUUUACCUGGUGAUUGGAUGGAGGAGGAAAUUGUUUCCCUUCCCCCUUUUAAGAGCAAAGGGGAACAAAUCUGAUUGAAAGAGUCUUCUGUGCCAGGACCAGUUGCAGUCUGGGCAGAGCUGCAUGUCAGAUAUGGGAUGAGAUGCUAGUUUGUACAGCCUGCUGUGUGAUGAGGCAGCAAAAUCUGUGUGUGCCGUGUCCCUGCAAGCUAGCCUGGGGAGAGCAAGGCUGAUAAACCCCAUGCUGAGAGGGGAUGCACUUUCCCGGAGCCUGAGGGGUGUUUAGGAGUCCGAUUGUUCUUGUGCAUGGGGCGGUAGGUAGGGGUGUCUGCUCUUCCAGCCGCUUGUGUGCAGGUGGCCCCGGGGAGCCUGCGGUGGUCGAGGGACAUGGGGGACGAGGGGAAGAUAGACGGUGCAGCCAGCUCUAGAGACAGGCAGGACGGGGGUUUGUCGUUCGUGGUGCACCCCGCAGAGGGUGCUGCUGCUCUGCCAUAAAGCUCAGGCUGGCCGGAUUCGUGCAGCUCGAUUCAGCUGCAUCUGAGCAGAGCGGUUUGGCGUCAGUGAUGUCUCCUCCUCCUCGUUCAGGCUCCUCUGCUGCGCUUUGGGGAGAUGGAAGCAGCAAGGGCAGCAGCAAUUCUCCUUUUGGUGCUUUUCAUCUGUCCUCCCCCAGGGCUCCUGAGAUGCUCUGGAUAUUUUCUGUCUUUGCUUUUGCCAUGCUUCACAGCUCUGCCUUGGCUAAGGAUGUAGUUGGAGCAAUUUUCUGUUAACUGCCAUCUCUGUUGGCAUUGCAGUAACUGGUGGGAAGGCAGUAGCAGAGCUCUCACCUUGCCAGUAUGUGAUCUCCUUACCCCCAAAUCGCUCUUAGCUUCUCCCUUCCUAGGGAGAAUGCUGGCAGCACAGCUCUUGGUGCUGCCUUAGUGUCUUGCACAGGAAAUAAUUUCACUUGCUGCUUGAAACACAGCCUCUAGGAUGCCUGUGGCUGCUGGGGAGCCACAGACAGUCUUGCCCUUGGCUUCCCUCUCUCUUACCUCCCCGUUUUGCUGAGUGCUCUUGCCAGAACUUGCUCCCUGGGGUGGCAGUCCUGGCUCCUCAGAGCUUGGCCGGCCUGAGAGGGAGGCGAGGUGGACGCCCAUGCAGAAGUGAAUGGAGAGGCUCCCUGUGUGUCUGCAGGUGUCGGGGAUGGGCGAGGAGGCCAUGGUCAGCGUUGUCUACUCCUACGAUGAUCUGAGCUGCAAGCUUUGGAACCUGAAGGGGCUGCCACUGACGGCCAUGUAGAGCAUCCAUCCAGCCUUCUGGUACAUGGACGUCUUCCCUCCCAUUCCCAUGAAGUCGAUUUAUUCCUUCCAUACCUGAAUCAAGACCAAGCACUUGCUGCUUCCCUCAGAAGAGAAGCCCUGCCUGGCCUACAUAGCCCCUUUGAAGAUCAUCUGCCACAUGGAAGGCAAUGGCCAGUGGCUGCAGGACAAAGAAGCUAUCAAGCGCAUCAAGGCGGCUUUCCACCUCCAGCUGGCUGAGUUCCUCCAGCAGCAGCACCAGCUGGUUUGCAGACCUGUGGUCACCCACACCAAUGUGUACAAGGAUGGCUACAUUUUCUGUCUCCAAGUAGCCUACCACCAGGAGCCCCUGAUCUUGAAGGAAGUGGUCGCCCCGGAAGGGAUGAUGAAGUACCAGGACACAGAGGAGUCUCAGCAGCUGGAGCUGGAGAUGUUGCAUCUGCCCUAUCUAACCAGCUCCCUGCAUGGGCUCCAGCAGCAGCACCCUGUCUUCAGCAGCACUUGCUGGCUGGCCAAGCACUGGGUCAGCGCCCAGCUCCUGAGCGACAACAUCUCUGAGGAGUGUGUGGACCUCCUCGUGGCGUUUCUCUUCUUCCACCCGGCCCCCUUCAUGCCAUCCAGCACUCCCCAGGUGGGGUUCCUGCGCUUCCUCGACCUGCUGGCAACCUUUGACUGGAAAAACAACCCUCUGAUCAUCAAUCUGAACGCUGGCCUCACAGGUGCUGACUGCACAGAGAUCAAGAACAAGUCCUCCUCCAGACUCACUGUCACACCACGCAGACUAGAAGUUCUGGGGUAA